AUGGGCGACGCGACGCCGCUCACGCUGCCCGACAGCCUGCCCUAUCCCAUCACCGUCGUCCGUGUGCGCGUUGCGGCCGGCACGUCCGUGAAGCGCGGUGAUGUUCUUCUGGAGUACAAGUUCCUCUCGGCAACCAAGCGUAAACAACUGGAAACCGAAGAGCGCCAGGGAAAGCGACUCAGUCCGCAACAGUGGGACGGUGACAUGGUUGGCAGCUGGGAGUCGUCGAUUUCUGGAACUGUCCUGAAGUGGGAGGCCGACAUUCAGCCCGGCCGCAAGAUCGAGCGGAGACAGGCGACCAACCGUGCUCCCAUCCUGUCCAAAUCCAUGGAAUGUGCGGUGUCUGUGGUGCGGAUGUCACCAAGUGAGUUCCAAUGUGCAGUACGCAGCAGUGCUGACGCCAGUGAUGACUACAUGUCGGCGCCGGCGGACGAGGCUGGACCAUCACGGCAGGGCGGCUACCAGAUGACUCACGAUGCGUCUGGAGUGACCGUCACCACGAAUGAGGCUAAGCGACUAGAAUCCAUUUCUCAGAAGGAGCUGCUGUCGACGCGCCGCCUGUCGCUGAUCGUCGAUCUCGAUCAGACCAUCAUUCACACGACUGUCGACCCCACCGUCGGGGAAUGGCUGAAGGAAUGCGAGGAGGACGCUGAAGAGGAGAAGAAGGCGGCCGCAUCAGAGAACAAAGAGAAUGAUGGAGGUACGACAGGAGACACAGCCGCCGAUGACGGCAAGAUGGACGUCGACGGCGCGGGAAAGGAGCCUCAGCCUGAGAGUACGACCCCGCCCGGAUCGCCGAAGCGUAAGCGGGAAAAGAACCCCAACGCCGAGGCGCUCAAGGAUGUUGCUAAGUUCCAGCUCGCCGACGACGUCCCACCAGGGGUGUCGCGGCGGCAUCAGCCGGAGCCAGUGCGAUGGUACUACACCAAGCCUCGACCGGGCCUGAACAAGUUCCUCGAGGACAUGUCCAAACUGUACGAGAUGCACGUCUACACCAUGGGCACUCGAUCGUACGCGGACGCCAUCUGCAAGAUCGUGGAUCCAGAGGGCAAGUACUUUGCUAUGAGUGCGAAGAGCCUGGUACGGCUGUUCCCUCACGACCAGAGCAUGGUGGUCAUCAUCGACGAUCGCUCCGACGUGUGGGGCGACUCGCCCAACCUCGUCAAGGUUGUUCCAUAUGACUUCUUCGUCGGUAUCGGUGACAUCAACGGAGGAUUCCUGCCUCCCACGAAGCCCGCCGUCACCGCCUUGGCGAACAUUCUCACCCCCGCCUCCUCGACCGCUUCGUCUCCUUCGCCGAAAACGCCAAAUGACAUCCCGAGUACCGAGGAAGGGCACGACCAGCAGACGAAGUUGUUCCAGGAGAUUCUUGAGAACCGUCCGCUGGCUAAGCUGGAGGAGGAACAGGGUUUCGAGCCCGACGAUGAGGCCGCAAACGGCGAAGAGAAGAAGGAGAGUGAGAAGAAGAGCGGCGAACCCGAGGCAGAGACGAAGGGGGCAGGCGACGAGGAGAAGAAGGAGGACGGAGCUGCGGCAUCGGGCCCUGCCGAGGGCUCAGAGAAGCCGAAGGAGGAUGGACCGAAGAAGGAUGGAGCGCCCCCGCCGAAGAGUGAGGAUAAGGCUGUCUCAAAGCACGACGAGCACCACCACCGCCACCGCAGGCAGUUCUUGAAUGUGAACGACCACGAGCUGAAGCGCGUCGAGGAUAUCUUGACCGAGAUCCACACAGACUACUAUGACGCGUACGACAGUCGGUCUCCGGGCUCGACUAAGAUGCCCCUACAGUGCGACGUACCCCUUCUAAUCGGCGAGAUCAAGGACCAGAUGCUCUCCGGCUGCGUGAUUGUCUUCACGGGCGUGAUCGCGAUCAACCAGAAACCGCAAGACAGCGAGAUCUGGCAGCAGGCCGAAGCCUUUGGUGCUCAGUGCCAGGUCGAGCUGGACGAGCGGGUGACGCACUGCGUGAUCGGGUCGAUCGGGACGGAGAAGAUGCGCCGGGCCUCGCGCAUGCCGCACGUGCAAGUUGUGUGGCUGGCGUGGCUGCAGACGAGCAUAGCCUUCUGGCGGCGCGAACCCGAGGAGCCUUUCCGGCCCCAACUACCCCGGAUUGAGCGGCCGGACACGCCGCCAAAGCCCGAGGACAAGGUGCCGGACGCUAUGCAGAUCGAUCCGGAGGACAUAGAGAAGGACGCCGAGGACUUCAAGGCGGCCUGGGACGAUGCGGCGCAGGCCGAGCUCGACGAGCUCAUCAACGGCGACGACGACGAUGACUGGUCCUCGUCCGAUGGCGAGGACGACGAGGACAAGAAGAACGACAGGAAACGCGCCGCGUCCCGGUCGCCGGAACCGCAUCGAUGGUCGCGCGAGAAUACGCCCAGUCGGUCGAUCCUCUCCCGCGGCCCGUCGCCUGGUCCGCCGAAACAUGUCCGCUACGCUGAUGACGAGAACCAGCCUCUCGAGGACGUGCGCGAGCCCCAACCAGGGGACAUUCCGUCAUACCCGCCCAAGAAGAAGCAGAAAGUCCUCAUGCUCGAUGCGCCGUCGGACGACGACGAUAUCCCGGAGGCUAACCGGAUGGUGUACAAGCCAAGGCCAGGGGAUGGGCUUACAGGCACGCACGAGGACGGCGUGGAGAAGGCGGACGGGUCGCAAGCGGACGGAUCCGAUGGUCCAGACCCGACAAGCAGCGACACGGAGACGGACGAGUUUGCGCGCAUGCUCCAGGCCGAGCUGGCCGGAGAAGGAAGCGGGGACGAAGGGGAGGAGUAG